AUGUUGCUGACAUUUCUACUGGCAGCCGCGCUGUGGAACUGCAAUUGCUGGUGGAAUGCCGCCAAUAUUUACACUUUCGCCGUGCAACCCGGAUAUUUGGACUUUGACAAUUUACCGGACACGAAUUUCUCAUGCGACGGCAAAGUCAUCGGAGGUUAUUACGCAGACGUGGAGACCGGCUGUCAGAUGUUUCAUGUUUGCACCAUUGGCCAAAAAGCGGAAAUCACCGAUAUCAAAUUCUUAUGUCUAAACGGGACGGUAUUCGAUCAGGAGACCAGGGUAUGCGAACGUUUGGACGAAGUAGAUUGCAGCAGGAGUGAAAGUUUCUUCGAUCUUAACUUGGAGCUGUACGGAAACAACGGAGCGGGCUAUGGGAUUGCACCGGAAGAACCACCGGAACAGGAACCGGUGCAGUGUAACGUGGACGAAGAAGAGUGUUCCGGGACGCCCGACUACUUUGACGAGGAAAUGACCACGGUCGCGGGGCCAGUAGGCGCACUGGCGGCCACCGUGGCGGUCACUGCGGCGACGACGACCACCACGACGACCACGAGCACCACCACGACGACGCCGCGGACAACCACGACAAGCGCGGCCACGAGCACCAAGCGUCCGUCGCAGCCGAUAGUCAUGACGAGCACGCCGAAACCGACGCAGCAGCCCGCCGUCUCGUAUCCUACAAACUCGCCGGAAACGAUAGCGGCCCUGAUAGCACUGCACAACGCGUUCCAAGAGAGCCUCAAGGAACGGGAACACGGGCCCGGGCCCAAGGGGCAGCAGUCCCAUCACAGGUACCAUCCACCAUCGCCGCCGCCACCUCAACAACAGCAGCCCAAACCAUUUACGGUAUCCAACUUUCAACCACCCCGGCACUUCCCGUCCAAAACGCCGCAGCAGCAUUUGCAACAGCAGCAGCAGCAACUGCAACUGCAACAGCAACAGCAUCAGCAUCUACAACAUCAACAGCAGCAGCAGCAGCCACCACCGCCACCGUACCGACAUCAGCAGCAGCAUCUGCAACAGUCCCAACAACAGCAGCAUCAGCAGCAGCAGCAGCAUCCGGACGAAUCGCCGCCUCCGUCGUCGUACCAACAACAGCAGUACAACGGAGACGGUGCACAGUACGACGGUAACUACGACGAAACAGUCGGGGCUGUCGGACUGGGCGACGAAGAGGACGUGGACGACGAAGAGUCUCGGAGGAACUUUGCUCGCGAAGCUCCCGAAUCUUCGGUCUCGGUUUCAGUGCAGGUCAGCUCGUCGUCGACUAAAAACAGUGCCAUCAACCAGCAGCAACAGCAACAGCAGCGGCCAACGCAGGUGGCUGUCGUCGCCGCUGCAGAGUCUGCGACGCCAUCCCCGACCACGACGACGACCACGGCGGCCACGGCCACGGCGGCCGAUCGCCCGUUCACGGACAAGCCGUCACUGCCGCAGCCUCCUCCUCUUGCGGACGACGCCGACCCGAACGGCGGAGAUCUGUACGAGGACGAGUACGAAGAGUUGGAAGGCGACGAAGAGUUCUUCAAGGACGUGCCAAAACUGGGUCGAGACAGGAGACGGAGACACGCAGCGGGCGGCGCCGGACGAGCGUAG